AUGGUGGAGACCUCCACGCUAGGGCGCUUCCACCACCAAAGGUUCGACCUUCGCCGCUGGCUCCCCGCCUUCCUCACCUCCCACAAGACCCUCUUCACCGUCCUCUGGAUCGGCGUCUUCGCCUCCCUUUUCCUCUGGCAGAGGAACAUUGUCGGCAGCUUCCUCAUCUUCGGCGCUCCUCCGGCCAGGCCCAUGCCCAAGCUCCGCCCCGCCGCCUUCAAUUUGACGGAUUUCGGAGGUGUAGGUGACGGCAUCACUCUCAACACCGAGGCCUUCGAGAGGGCCGUUUCGGCGAUUUCGAAGUUUGGCAUGAAAGGCGGUGCGCAGUUAAACGUCCCUCCCGGACGCUGGCUUACGGCGCCGUUUAAUCUCACCAGCCACAUGACUCUGUUUCUAGCUCAAGAUGCUGUUAUUCUCGGCAUUGAUGUCAAAGCUAAAAAAAUGAUGUAUUGUGAGGGUGGAACUGCUGUGUCAAUUAUAGCUUUUUUCAAGGCUAGGUGGUCGUUGUUUGACACUUUGGCUAUUGUGACUGCAGUUGGAAAAAAUGGUAGAAUUUCACGUUCAGAUGGUUUAAGCACAUUUUGGAGAAGACUUGAAGAAGCACCAGUGAGGAACAUUUACCAUAAAGAAGAUAGUUCAAUGGUUAGAUAUGGUGGGGGAACUAGGAAAACUAUAGGCCAAAUCAUUAAGAGAGAUUUAGAGGUCUACACUGUGUACUUGGCAUUGAGUGGUAGAAUUUGGACAGUUGAACUGAAUAUCUAUGAUCCAGUUAAUUAUCACCGGUUUAUGUAUUCUGCUGAGAGGAGUGAUGAAACAUAUUGGCCAUUGAUGGCUCCAUUGCCUUCAUAUGGUUAUGGGAGGGAGCAUCCUGGGCCUCGAUAUGGCAGUUUGAUUCAUGGUCAAAAUCUUAAAGAUGUUGUGAUAACAGGGCAUAAUGGUACCAUAAAUGGUCAAGGACAAGCAUGGUGGAAAAAAUAUCGCCAGAAGCGACUCAACCACACUAGGGGGCCACUUGUUCAGAUCAUGUGGUCUAGUGACAUUGUGAUCACUAAUAUUACUUUGCGUGACUCUCCUUUCUGGACACUUCAUCCAUAUGACUGCAAAAACAUUACAAUAAAAGGUGUAACUAUAUUGGCUCCUGUGCUUGAAGCUCCAAACACUGAUGGCAUAGAUCCUGACUCUUGUGAGGACAUGUUGAUAGAGGACUGUUACAUAAGUGUGGGAGAUGAUGCAAUUGCAAUAAAAAGUGGCUGGGAUCAGUAUGGAAUUUCAUAUGGAAGGCCUUCCAUGAAUAUAAUGAUCCGAAACCUUGUUGUUCGCUCUUUGGUCAGUGCUGGCAUCUCAAUUGGCAGUGAGAUGUCUGGCGGGGUAUCCAACAUCACAGUGGAGAAUCUUCUUGUAUGGAAUUCUAGGCGUGGUGUGAGGAUCAAGACCGCCCCUGGACGAGGAGGAUAUGUGCGCCAUAUAACUUAUAGGAAUCUAACAUUUCAGAAUGUCCGUGUUGGAAUUGUGAUGAAGACAGAUUACAAUGAACACCCUGAUGAUGGGUAUGACCCUACGGCACUCCCAAUUCUCAGAGACAUAAGCUUUACCACAAUCCAUGGCCAAGGGGUUCGUGUGCCAGUACGUAUACACGGUAGUGAAGAAAUUCCUGUGAAAAAUGUGACCUUUCGAGACAUGUCAGUUGGUCUAACCUACAAGAAGAAGCAUAUCUUUCAGUGUGCCUUUGUUGGAGGCCGUGUAAUAGGAACCAUAUUUCCUGCUCCCUGUGAAAACCUUGAUCUGUACAAUGAGCAUGGACAGCUGGUUAAGCGUUCUGCGUCCCAGAAUGUGACAGAUAUAGAUUAUGAUUUUUGA